AUGAUAUCUUCCUCUUACUUCUUUGACGGUGAAUCUCAUCACUUUCUCCUCUACCUUCUCCACUUCUUCUUCUACUCUGCGUCUCAUUCAACCUCUUCUCCUUCUUCAGAUUUUCUUAUUUCCUCUCUGUCUCCUUCCUCUUCCUCUUCUUCUCCCUCCUCGUUUUCUUCAGAUCGACCGCCACUGUUCCUCUUCCAUCCGUCAUCGUCUCCAUCAAUAAUUCUCAUCCGUGCUUCCUCGAAAAACCACUGUGUAGCCUGCUCCUCUAUGAUGCUCACAGCUGGUUCUCGAUCUCGUCAUCUCGCUGCUCAAUCUUUGCUGCACCGUGCUAGUGAAAUCUGCCACAUCACCGUCCAUAUAUUAUCCACCGUCAAAUUUCUAGAACACCAAAUUUGUUUUCAGGACAAAAAUGUUUAAAAAAAAAAAAAGAUAUACAAUUCGUCACGGAAACAAACUGUGACUAGUAAUUAAUCAUUAAAAAAUUUCAUAUCCAGAAAUAUCACAAUUUAACCAUUAAAUACCAUUACCACAAAAAUAGUUACUAUUUAACCGUGGCUAUAUAGACACGGAUAAUCGUGUGACUAAAUCAUGACUAAUGUUGCCACGAAAAACACUAGUGACUAAUUUGUGGCUAUGUGGCUACGAAAAGCCACGAAAUAAAUUAGUCACGAUUGUAUAAACACGUUUCAUAUAGCUAUAGUAUUUUUGCGUUAGAUACGAAAAAAAUAGUGGCUAUAGCCAGAUUUUUUACUAGUGUGAAAAAGUCGGAUCACACUUCAUUGUGUAAGACAAGACUCUCGCAUCAUGUACAGAUCCAG